UUUGUUUAUAGUUCUCUCUGACAUUCUUUGACAUCAUAAAAUAAAUAAAUAGUGCCAAUAAGCAAUACUUAUUAUAAUGUAAUAAUACAAAGUUCGCCAGGUAGCAAUGGCAUUCGUUUUCCGUACACAGAACAUGAUUUAUGAAUAAUAAAUAAUUAAUUAAUAAUAAUUAAAUCACGUAAAUUGUACAAAAUUGGAUCUGUACGAUGAUUAUGUACCCAGACUUGCCAAAUAAACAUCAUUUUUUUUCAUUCUGCCUCAGUCUUCAAAAAUAUUUUCAGAAAUAAAAAUAAGGAAACUUCAAAUGUACAUACAUGAAGCAAAACAUACUAAAACCACGAAUACAACAAUAACUACCGGCAUCAAAAUACAUAUAAAAUCUACAGGAAACAGUUUAGCCCAGAAAUAUUGAAUGACAGCUUUCAUUUAAAAUUUUAAUUCUUCAAAAUUCUUAAAAAAUGCCAUAUUCCCCUUUCCAACCAACUGAAGCAGGCAAUUGGACGGACUUACCGCUGCAUUGUGUACUAUAUGAAUGGUUUACGAAGAACAUGAAUUUGCCUAACGAUUACGGUACCCUCAUUGCCUACAUAGGAUUAUUCCUCAUUACGUGGUAUACAAUAAUAUGGGCAGUACGCUUAGUAAUGGCUGUUAUUUGGCCAUUAUUUAUUAUAGCUUCCGCUAUUGUUGUAUUCCGAAUACUCCAAUUUUAUGAUCCCGAAGAAAUAACAACCAUUAUGAUGAAAUCAUUUAGUAUCAUUGCAGACACAUUGGUAAUGAUAUUGGCCAAACUUCUUGAAUUUGCAUUUAACAUUUUCGAUAAAUGAAAUUCUACUCAAAAGCUUUUCGACAAAGAAUGAAGCGGAAAUCUCAAAGUUUAGCAAGAUCAAAGUUGCUGUGAGGGAAAUAUAUUAAAAAUAAUGAAAGGAAAAUUCAAAAAAUCUACAAACAAAGACGCUUAAAAAUUGUAAAAUUAACGGAAAAAGCUAUAAAUAGCAACGCACAUAAAUUUUAGGUUUCAAAAA